UGCUGUCACCGUUGCUGUCAUCGCCGCUUCUGCCUCGGGUUAGAAAGAUGACUGUGGGGAGGUCUGCCGGAGCCCCCGAAUGCACCGAGUGGAGCCGUGAGAUAUUUCCCCCCAAAUCCUCCUCAGACACUGAGACAGAAGAUGAGCAGUCUGGAGAAGGACUGGUUUUGUCCAGAGCUGGCAAACUCCAUGAGUUCCUCAGCCCAGAGGAGGAAACCGAUUCUACUUCUGACUCCACUGGGAGCUUUUAUAGGGCCCUACAGGUUAGAAAGCAGAGCUGCAGGUGGGGCCUGUUGGAGUCUCCCUUUCAGUCCGACCCAGACAGUGACCAGAGUGGCUCAGAAGAUGAGGGAGACUUGGAGAGCUUCUUCCAAGACAAGAGCAGGGGGAAACCACAGGUCCAGAACCCUCCAUCUCUUAGGUGUGGUUCCAUGAGGCGCUGCAGCUCCAUGACCAGCCUCCCCUCUGACAUGCCCAAGGCUCAGACCCUGCCAACCUCAGACUCUGGGCCUCCCUCUCAGCACAGAAGUGUCUGCUCCUGGGCAUCCUCCAUCACUGUCCCUCAGCCCUUCCGCAUGACACUGCGUGAGGCCCGGAAGAAGGCCCAGUGGCUGGCCUCACCUGCCUCUUUUGAGCUAGAACGGCUACAGGCCCAGAAGCAGGGCCAGGAGGAGGCAGAGUGCUAUCGGCAGUUCCGGGCCCAGCCUGUGCCUGCGCAUGUCUACCUUCCGCUCUACCAGGAGAUCGUCGAGCGCAGCGAGGCACGGAGGCGUGCAGGGAUCCAGAAGAGGAAGGAACUGCUUCUAUCCUCCUUGAAGCCCUUCAGCUUCCUUGAAAAGAAAGAACACCAAAAGGAAGCUGCUCCACAGACAGACUCGGCUGCAGCGCCUCAGGCCAAGGUCCCCCCAAAGAAGGCCACUAGAAGGAUCCCCAAGGCCAUUCUGGAACCAGCCCUUGGGGACAAACUCCAGGAAGCGGAGCUCCUCAGGAAAAUUCGAAUCCAGAUGCGAGCCACGGACAUGCUCCAGAUGGCUUCAUCCCCCAUCAGCAGCUCUGGUAGCCGGGCUCCCCGCACAGCUACCCGCACCCAGGAGGAAAAGCUGAACUUUCUACAGACUGAGUUUGGAUUCCGGCCUCGAGUGAACUCUGUGGUCCCUGACUAUGAGGGCCUUUACAAGGCUUUCCAGAAAAGAGCUGCCAAGAGACGGGAGACCCGGGAAACAACUCGAAACAAGCCCUUCCUUCUACGGACUGCCAACUUGUGUCACACUCCACGGUCCUGUGAUGCCACUACUGCAGAAGGAGGGAAGAUAAGAACCCAGAAGUCCCCUCAGCCGGCAGCUACCCCGCUGCCAAGGAGGCAUUCUCUGAGUGGUCUUGCUUCCUUUUCUGCCAACACCCUCCCAGUGCACAUCACAGAUGCUACGAGGAAGAGGGAAUCUGCAGUCAGAAUGGCACUUGAAAAAAAGGACAAAUCAGACAAGAGCAUUCAGUGGUUGGAAGUACACAAAAAGAACUGUCAAGCCAUGUCCAAAUCUGUGACCUUGCGGGCAAAAGCCAUGGAUCCCCAUAAAAGCCUGGAAGAGGUGUUCAAAGCAAAGCUCAGAGAGAACCGGAACAAUGACCGUAAAAGAACAAAGGAAUAUAAGAAAGAAUUGGAGGAAAUGAAGAGAAGAAUUCAAACUAGGCCCUUUCUCUUCGAGCAAGUUACCAAGGCACUUGCCAGGAAAGAAGCAGAGGAACGGUAUCGGGACACCCUGAGGCAGGCUGGCCUGGAGGAAGAGUUCGUGCAAACCAAGAGUCAAGACACACAGGCUAUGCACUGCAAGGAGAAAGGCAAAGUCAAGGAUUCGCCUAGGUAA